UUUUCGACGAAGCUGAAAAAACCUUCCGCUAAUUCAUCUUCAGAAAGUUUUUCAACACCGUUUUUCUCCCCGGCACAAUGAAAAAGCAGCAGCAAACAGCUCUGAGGAAGUGUAGUUUAGUUGCUGUAAGCGUCUGGUCCGGGGUCUGUUAGCAAAAUACCUCUUUGCGGAACAAGUCUCAUAAUGACUGUCUUUAAACUGAUCCCCGGUCAGCUAUUUGAGGAGACGUUCAGGAAGCCAGGAAGCGUGUAAUGCUACUGAUGUCAGCGAUAGUAGUCAUUACGUACUGACGGACAGUGUUUAGUUUGGACAAUAGGACGUGAAUAUAUCUCCUAACAGGUUUACAUAUUUGAGUUUUAGCGAUGGAUAAGCUUCGACGUGUAUUGAGCGGCCGGGAGGAUAAUGAAGAACUGGGGCUAACUGCACAGGUUCUUGAUGCCAGCUCUCUCAGCUUCAGCACUAGGGUGAAAUGGUUUGCCAUAUUAUUUGCUGGAGGCAUCCUGUGCUCCAUACUCGGCUCAGCACUGCUCUUCCUUCCUGGUGCCGGCAUCAAGCUUUUUGCUGUCUUCUACACACUUGGAAAUAUUGCAGCGUUGUCCAGCACCUGUUUCUUGAUGGGACCAUUAAAACAACUGAAGAGGAUGUUUGAACCAACAAGACUCAUAGCAACCAUUGUUAUGCUGCUCUGCUUUGUCUUAACACUUUGUGCAGCGUUUUGGUGGCAUAAAAAUGUGCUGGCAAUCCUCUUCUCUAUUCUGCAGUUUUUGGCAAUGACCUGGUAUAGCAUCUCUUACAUUCCUUUCGCCAGAGAUGCAGUGAUGAAGUGCUUCACUACCUGCCUGAAUUAAAGCUCUGGAUGCUGCGGUUUCCACGAAAGCUGGCCCCAAAACGCAAAGCAGUUGUUAAAUAUGUCUGUACACUAUUCGGUUUCACUUUUCACCUCUUUCUGCCUCAUACUGUGAAUUCUUGCCUUUCACCUUUAGCUAGAGGUGUUGCAAUUUAACUAUAAUGUAACUGUAAAUCAUCUUUUUUCUCCAAUCAUGCCUAAUGCCUGAUAUAUUUAAGAAAAGGGGAUUCUGUGAGAUUCUUAUGCUUUCUAAAGUUUUUAUGCAAGUCAUAUGCAGGAAAAUUAUUCGUAUUAUGCACAACAAACUGUAACAAUGGCGCCUUAACACCUUGAUGAAAUAACUGUAUUUAUACCAAACACACAUUUUCGAUUAUUGUAAGCUUUCUGUUUUCGUUUUUCUGAAUAUUUAAAGUGAUGUUAAAGACUUAGAAGAAGUUAGAAGCAUUUUCUUGGAUGUUUGGUGCUGAUGGUUGUUUUUUUUGGGGGGGGGGGGUUUGAGUCAAUGCUUUACUGAUUAUGCACUGAGAUGUAUAGUACCUACAUCUCUAUAAAAGAUUUCCUUUUUUUCUCAGCUGCUAAUGAGAUUUGUAAAUGCUGCCUUUUUCUCUUGUCUACUGGUCUUAAGUGUGUGCAUUCUAACACGCUGCACCCCCAACUAAUAAAUGUCGUUAAAGAAACA